AUGAGCGAUAGUGAUUCCUAUGAGCCGGAUGACUCCGGAUCCGAGUGGGAGUCCGACUCCGACUCCGACCUCAACGAUGGCGCGCUUGUGAUCCGUUCGAUCGAGCGAAAAACGCGCUCCUCUCCUCGCGCGGCGUCUGUUUCAGUCAAAGAUGAAGAAGAUCUCUCUAAUUUCGAUUUCGCCGAAUAUGCCGACGACGAUAUGAAUACGGACGCUCGCCAGGACCGAGUCCGCUCGCUUCAAGCUCGCCUCCAAUCUAUUCCCCGCGAAGCUUUAAACGCCUAUAACGGCCUGCUGGUUGAGAUGGAGAAGGAGGUUGAAUUGAAAAGCAUGAAUGAGCAUCCGGAACUCCUCACUGUUGAGCAACGCCAUGCUGUUGUUUGGACGGCCACGGAAAAGGAAUUGUUCUUCAACAUGCUCGAUCGCAAGGGCAAAAAUGGCAUUAAGGAGAUCGCAGCGGCAAUUCCUGAAAAGUCGGAACUGGAAGUGAUGCACUACAUUGACUGCCUCCACGAAGGCCUGGUGAAACAACAUGUCGAUAACGAGCAAAAUGCUACACUCCUCAUGGGUGAUUAUCCUGGCGCUGCCGAAGUCAGCGGGGAGUGCGAGGAAAAGCUGGAAGAACUCGCCGAUAUAAUGUGCUUGAAAGAAGAAGCCGAGAGCUCGUGGGCUUCCAGAGACCGAUACCACAAAUAUGGAAUUAUCACCGAGGCUACGGCCAAAGGUCUCGUCAAAGAUAAUGAAGUCUGUCCUCCUUUACACGGCGGCAUAGACAAAGCUCUCAACAUUCUUAAUGUACCAGUUUGGCUUCAACUCUCUCGCAAGCUGUUCAUGAACCUGGGCGGCAAGAGAACUGAAGACAACUGGAUAUACCACCAGAGUUUCUCUGCUGAGUCACCCUCCAUGACAGGCGAUGCCCUCAUGGACUUUUACGCAUUGACCAUGAGCAUCACACGCCGCUUGAUCCAGUCCUCCCUCUUCUUUUCCAUGGCACGAAUCUCUGCUAUGGAGCAGAUGGGUGAGGAGAUCGAUGAUGAGGUUGAAACGGUUCGAACAAGAGAUGUCAGGGCCGCCAUUGAAACGAUGAACAUGAAAUACGAUCGGGGCAAUAUCCUAGUCGACUUUGCUCGGCGGAACGGCGUUCUGAUCAAAGACAUCCAAAAUAAAAAGGGAUGGAAACCGCAAGUUCUCGAUUACGAUUACGUGGAAGAGCUUCUUACUCUUGACGACGACGAGUACAACGAGUACGAGGGGUCUGGAUCGAGUUCUCCUGAGAGCAUAGUUGAACAUGAAGACGACGAUUAUAAUGGAGAGGACGAAGAUGGAGACGAGGCCGAAGAGCCGGUUGAUAAACCAAAAGCACAAGCUGAAGAAAAGGGUCAGAAACCUCAAGAUCACACGUCUGAACCCGAAUCCGAGCCUCAGUCUCAACCUCAAUCUGAACCGACAACGGAGAAUAUAGAACAAAAAGCUCAACCAAAAUCUGCACCUGCACCUGAAGCAACAAUCGAGACCCCAACAGAAAAACCACAACUACAAUCCGUCCCAGGAACAGUGCUACCUCCCAACCAACCACCUAAAGCCAGACCCCGCCGCUACUCCGAAGGUUCCUACCAAUCCGAAGAAAUAGAAGGAGAAGAAGGAGAAGCCGCAGCAGCCGCAGCACGCAUUGCAGCAGCAGCGGAAGACCAACCCUCAGACGCCGAAGAAGUCCACGCCGCGCGCAUAGACCGAGAAUACGACCGCCGCUCAGAACUCCACCUAUGGCAAACCCUACAACAACCCAUCCCGCCACUCCUCUCCAACCCCCUCAUCGCCGAAGAAGACAUGGGCGUGGACUCAAAACACCGACCUCUCAUCCGUCGCAGGACCAGAGAGGAGAUGGCCCCAUGGCGUGACAGAACACUGUACCGCGCCGAAUGGGAGGAGUUUGGCGAUUCAGGCUCGGAAUUGGAAACUGCCUUGCAAGAGAACAGACAAAAACGACGCAAAAUUGAAGCUGAGGAUGCGGCUGGAAGUGGAAGGGAUGUCGAUAGUGAAGAUUAUGGCGCGUUUUCAGAUUUCGAGGAUGGGGAUCCUAUGGAUCUCGAUCAGCCUCGAUCGAGACCGAUGGUCGCUGUCGAGCUUCCGAAAUAUGGAUCCCCUGCAUGGGCGGCUUUCUUACAAAAAUUGACAGCGCAGUCUCAGACUCAGACUCAGACUCAGACACAGAAUUAA